AUGAUUCGCAUUGUCACAUGGGCGUGGGUCGUGGUGUGGUAUAUUUGCGGAUGGAUCGGGCCCUUCAGCAUUCUAACGUACCUUAUCGCCGUCGUGGCGCAACAGAUUGCCUUGCGUUUCCCGCAGGACUUGGCAAAGAAGUACAAGGCGCGUUGGGGCCUCGUGACGGGUUCCAGCAGUGGCAUUGGCAAGGCCAUAGCGGAGAAACUAGCUAGUCAGGGCAUCAACGUCGUGCUUGUGGCCCUGGAUGACAAGAUGCUGGCGGACACGUUUGCGGAGCUGCAGAAAAAGUAUCCCCACGUGCAGUUCCGCAAGGUCGGCGUCAACCUGGGUGCUAAGGACUACGCCUACAUGAAGGACAUCACUAGCCAGACGGAUGACAUUGAGGUCGGUCUUGUCUUCAAUAAUGCCGGCUACAUCUGCACCGGGCUCUUCGCGGACACCGAUCUCGAGCGCCUGCGCUGCAAUCUGGAGUGCAACGCCGGAUGCGCCGUGCCCAUCACGCACCACUUCCUCCGCAAGAUAAUCGCACGCAAGUCGAAGGGUCUCAUCACCUUCACCUCGUCCGCUUCGUCCUACCUGCCUGGCCCGACGGCCACCAUGUACAGUCCCUCCAAGGCCUUCCUCACGAACUUUGCCACCACCAUCGCAGCCGAGAACCACGACCUUGGCAUCGAUGUCGUCGUCAUCCACCCGUCCCCGGUGGACACGAACUUCUACAAGAACGAGGGGCCGGCGCUUGAUUCGCUCAAGACGGCCCAGAAGGCUGCCGCCUCUCCGAUGAACAUCGCGGAGCAGAUCUUCGCCGCUGCGGGACGCCUCACCGUGUGGGAUCAGGGCAGCAUGUGCAUGGCCUUCCGCAUUGUCAACAAGAUUCUCGACUUCCAGAUUUUCACAGAGCUAAUCACCCGGUUCGCUUACAUGAACGGCGAUCACAGUCGUCUAACGAAAGAGUCGAAGCUGCGCACAGGCAAGCAGUAG